GGAAGCACCGCUGCCGCCGCCCGUCGAGCGCGCCAUGUCCCGACACGUGUUUGUCGCCCCAGCGUCGGACCUGAGCCCGGCCUGGGUCACCGGCUGGAAGGCGGCGCAGACGACCCCCGAGGGCCUGCUGGACCUGGUGCUGGAGGACGCCUACGCCUACCUGGACGCCCUGGAGCGCCGCAAGGGCUCCCUGCUGGACGCGCCCGCCCUCCUCUCGCUGAGCGGCCUGGGCAAGCGGCCGGCGGGAGGCUCCCGGCGGGAGGCGGGCCCCGUGCGCCUCUCGCUCGACCUGGCCGGCUUCUCCCCGGACGACGUGGCGGUGCAGCUGGACGGCCGCAGGCUGAAGGUGACGGCCCGGCGGGAGAGCCAGCGGCGGGCGCCCGACGGCUGCUGCGCCCGCGACGCCCGCGAGGUGUACCGGGAGGUGCUGCUCCCCGACGACGCCGACCUGGGGGCCCUGGCCUGCGCCCUCAACGCCGACGGGCAGCUCCGCCUCGAGGCCCCGCGCCUGCCGCCCCCGGAGAGGGUGGUCCCCAUC